GAUAAGCGCCCCCCCCUCCCCGCAACAUCCUCCCUUUAUUCCGGGCUUUUUGUUUGGUUUUUUUUGUCCUGACACACAAAACAAAAACUCCUCUGGGGACUGCUGCGACGGAGGCAAGUGUAAGAGGCAGAGCGGUGAUGACAGAGGAGAGGUGUCCCAAAGUGGAGCAGUAUGUUGGUGAAAUUAAAGGUGGCCUGAGACCAGCCAUGAAACUGACGGUCAUAGGGGUAGUACACUCCAACCCCAAGAGCUUUUCAGUGACUCUGCUCUGUGACCCACUGGAUGCAAGCAAAGAUGUUGGGCUGUUAUUUACAGUAAACUUUAGUGACAAAUCCAUCACCCGAAAUGCACGAAUUGCUGGGAAAUGGGGAAGAGAAGAGAAGACUAUUCCCUACUUCCCAUUUACGGCAGGCGACACGUUUAAGAUGGAGCUCUUAUGUGAACACCAGCAAAUACGACUCUUGCUUGAUGGGCGGCAGCUCUGUGACUUCACUCACCGCAUUCAGCCCCUGAACUUGGUGAAAGCUUUGCAGAUCACAGGCGACAUCAAGCUUACCAAAGUGGCUUGAAAAAAAG